GUCUGGGCGCGCCCGGUGCCCGUGGCCCGUUCCUUUCGGGAGCCGCGGCAUCCCGGAGGAUGGAGGCGCCGGGAGCCCGCCGGGCUUCCAGGGUCACCGGCUCCUUAGCCCCGGUGUUUUUCCGGCAGGAGAUGCCUAGAGGGCUUUUUCAGGUCAGUCGCCGAAAGCCGUGCAGGCGGCCCGUGCUUGUGCGAAAGAUGGAAAAACACCCGGUUUUCUGCAAUGUGAUCUCGUCUUCGCUGUGAGUCAGAGGCUGAGACGCUGUUGGGAUAAAUCAGGAGCAGAAUGGUUCAGAUGAACUCAUGUCUGUUGCAGAGCGGUUCAAAUUCUUAUCUCUUGGAAACGCGUGACAACCUGUUUCGUUCUGCCACGAGCAGUUCACGGAAAAGCGCUCUGCAAACGGGAAGUGCUUGAGGUUUUUCCAUAUCCUGCCCAGUACUGGAUCACUUAUUUCUGAUGUGUUAGGACAGAAAUCGUUCUCAGCAGAUCUGCUGAGCAUUUUACAUGAUGCAAGCUCGUGGCCUCUUGCUGCACAUCAGCUCUGGCAGAUCCAAGUAUUUUAGAACAUGUUCAACAGGAGAACACUUCACUAUAGAGUUUGAGAACCUGGUGGAAAGUGAUGAGGGGGAAAGCCCAGGAAGCAGUCACAGGCCUCUGACUGAGGAAGAAAUUGCAGACCUGAAAGAGAGACACUACGACUCCAUUGCUGAAAAGCAGAGAGUUGUUGAUCUGAAGCUUCAGACAGAGUUAGCCUUACAAGAGGAGAAGUUAAGACUAGAAGAGGAGGCUUUAUAUGCUGCACAACGUCAAGCAGCCAGGGCAGCAAAGCAGAAAAAGCUCUUGGAGCAGCGUAGGCAGCACAGGAUAACGCAGAGAGCACAUCCUGUUAACAAUGGAGAGUUCCAGAGCUCUGUGGCAGAGGAAGACCUCGACCCUUUCCUAAGGAAUACAAAAUUCCAGUAUGAAGCUUUCCGAAGUAGUAGGCUUUCAUCUGAUGCCACAGUGCUGACACCCAACACAGAGAGCAGUUGUGACUUGAUGACCAAAACCAAAUCAGUGAGUGGGAACGAUGACAGCACCUCCUUGGAUUUAGAGUGGGAGGAUGAAGAAGGCAUGAACAGGAUGAUCCCGGUGCGGGAACGCUCCAAGACGGAGGAGGACAUCCUGCGGGCAGCGCUGAAAUUCAACAGCAGGAAGCCAGGGAGCCACCCGGCCUCAGCCUCCGACGAUUCCAACGGGCUGGAGUGGGAGAACGACUUCGUCAGCGCCGCCGUGGACGACAACGGCAACUCCGAGUACGCCGGCUUCGUCAACCCCGUGCUGGAACUGUCGGCCUCGGACGUCAGGCUGUCAGAUUCUGAGCACCAGGACAGAUAGUGACCAUCCCAGCACGGCCCCUGCCCGUGACCAAAUGCUGGAAAGGGAAGUGGAAUCAGCCACAAAGCCACUUGGCUCUUUUGGAACCCGCUUCCCUUUUUCUUACGCGCGGAUCGGCGAGCGACUGGAACGACUCGCUGUCCGGAUGGAUUCAGAACUAAGUGCAAUUUUAUCAUCUACCUUCUCCACUUUUGUGAAAACUGGGAUGAUUCUAUUGUGUAUAUUUCUGGGUAUCUGGAUUUAAGAUAAAAGUAUCUGCAGUAAUUGGAGCUUCAUAGCUUUGACUUAUCUAUAUUUUAAUUCGCCUUUUUUUUCCUGGAUGAUGAUUCUAUUGAUUUUGCUUUAAAAUUCAUCAUUGGCCUAAUAUUUAUCUCAGAAACAGUCCUGUAUAAUUUAUUUAAUACUUGAAGAUAGAGAAAUAAUUUUAAAAUAUUUUUAUUUCUGGUCUGUGCUUUUUGACUUGCUCUUCAGCUGUUUAGAGGGUGCAAAAGUAAGAGCUGCAAAACAAAUCUGACACAUAGCAAAUUUUCAGAUUUUCCCCUGUCUAGCUUAAAGCCUUCCUAGUCUUCUGUUGUCCUUUUUCCAUUUUUUUUUUUUAUUACUGUACGCUAAGCACGGUUAACCUCAAUGAACAUAGUAAAAAUCAUCAGGUUAGGUGAGAUACUGCCUUCUAUAAUAACAUGCCAGACUUAGUAAGCGUGUGCUAGAUAGAAAAGCAAAAAUAAAAUAUAAAUUCUCUACAUGUGUCAGUAAAAUGGGAAUUUUAAUCAGUGGAGAACUGGGAGGACCAAAGUCUUGUUUUCCCAGCCCCCCCUGAACAGACCAGCCUCUGUUACUACGUGGUCCUUAAAAUUCCUCAGUUGUGGAAAAUUUAUAAUUCCACUGGACCAGAACAGUUAUGGAAAAGCAACAUCCAGUGAACAAAGUGGGGGAGGGAUGAUGGCUCUGCUGCUGGGGGUGGGAAGAACAAGAACCUAAAGACUUCUGAAUUUCUAUAUCUGCAUUUUGAAAAGAAAGAAGAAAAAUUCAUGUUUUAACAGUGUGUUGAAGUGCUCUGCCUUUCCUGUGCCUCUCAAGUGGAUGGUUAAUCCUGCUAAUAGGGACUGAAAUCCAAGGAGGUAUUCAUAUUCAGUGACUGCACCACUGCUGUCCUGUGCUGUGUGGUCUCCCCCGGUAUUCCAUGUCAAUCUUACUUUUUAACAAAAGAGAACCUGCAAAGUACUUGCAGAUCUCAAGCUUUCCCCAAAGUUUCAAAGUAAAGCCAUUCUACUCUGCCAUUAUUUUGUGCAGCAGUCUCAUUUUUCCAGGGGAAAAAGGGUGACAGGGUUUAACUUUGUUUUGGAGUAAAAGGGAACAUGUGGUAAGUAAUGAACCUGCUUUGUCAAUCAUCAGACCUGAAUUUGUCGGUGAAAGUUGUGUGAAAAAUGUGGUUUAGCUCAUCUGAAGCUAUUUAGAAUAUUUGGGUCAUUACAGUGUGGAUAAGGAACGAAAAUACUGCACAAUGGGGUUAAAUGUGUACAAAUAACCCAAGAACAGAUAAAUCCUGUUGGUAACAUUUCAUCUCUUCAGUUGUAGCUGUGUCACUGAAAAUAUUUUACUGCCAUUAUUUAUAUUUGCAAUACUUGUAAUGAGCUUUAAAGACCUGUACACAUCAAAUGUAUAUUUUGGGUUUGGCCUAAGCUACUGCUGUGUGACUUCUGGAUAUUUCUUUGUACAAUAUAUUCCUAUGGGAAGGAAGGGAACUUCCUCAACAUGUAAAUAACAUGUUUUUUUUAACCUGCUGAAACUGUCACCUCCCCUGCCCCUCUCACUGCUUCUCCUGGCCAGGGAACAUGAGGUGACCUUGUCCUGACCAUGCCUUGAAGAAGUCAAUCAGCUGGACAAGCACUUAGGAAAAAAGAAGCUGACUCCAGCUUUUUCUGUGAUGGGCAUGUUCUUUAGCCAUGGUUAAUGAGAACAUUUGCAGUGCUCAGUGCACAGAAGUCACUGGGUGACUUCUGAAGUGAUUCUCUAUCUCUGUGGGUAUUUGAGAAAUGGAGGGAUUCUAUAAACAGCUCACGUGAAGCAGUUCAAGGGUACUGUAAAAUGCCGAUCUGGACAAAUUUAAAAGUCAUUAAAAUUUUCAGCAAGUCUUA